AUGCAAAGUCAGCUGGGUCUCGCGACCGUGGCCCUGCUCCUGGGCCAGCUGUUCAAGAACGCGGAAGCGGGCCGCGGAAUGGUGGCGGCCGAGGACUAUCGGUUUCAGAGUCCGCCGCGGCGGAGAAACGGCUUCGGGAUGCAGGUGGAGCCUGCCAUGGAUUAUGGUGCUGUUUUUUGGCGGGAGGGGGGGGGGAAAGGGGGGGGGGAGGGGGAGGGGGGGAGGGGGGGGGGAUUUAAUGGAAAAAAUGAUGCUUUAAAGGGAUUUUGGGACAAAAUUAAAAUUUUCAAAAAAAAUUUUUACCACGCCCAAAAAACUUUUUUACCAUCCUAAAAUAUUUUUUACAACCCCCGAAAUAAUUUUUUUACCAUCCCUAUUAUAAUUUUUUACUACCCCCAAAAUAAUUUUUUACCAUACCCAAAAAGAAAUUUUACUUCCCAAAAUAAUUUUUACCACCCCCGAAAAAAUUUUUACCACCCCCAAAAUAAUUUUUUACCACCCCUAAAAUUAAAUUUAAAAACCCCUAAAACAACUGUAUAGCAAUUUUUUAACCUAGUUUUAGUUUCAGGUCCAGUUCAAAACAAGUUCCAAUGUUAUUCAUGUAUGUCGAUGUCAUACCAGAACAACUGGGACCGUCUACAACAUUUGUAUGUUCAGCCGAAGGUCUUCACGGACCGGUGUGAGAAUCCGAGCGCAUUCGAGAAGAUGCCAACGAUAGAAUGUGGCUCGGUUUGUGUUUCACUGGUCGAAGCUGAUGUUGAUGGAGGUAGGGUUUGAAUUUUUAAAAUUUUGAUACGUUUUUUUAAAAUUCAUUUUUUAAUGGUUAAAUUUAAAAAAAUGCCAUUUUCAGGUGUAUUUAUGGGUUUCAAGUACAUUCGCGGGUGCAUUAAUCGAAUACUCACACAUGAUUUCAAUCUCAGCGCUUUGAGGACACAUCGGCUAACACAGGUAAAUACCCCUAGCCCAGAGCCUUAGCCCAAGCCCAGAACCCUAGCCCAGAGCCCUAGCCCAGAACCCUAGCCCAAAGCCCUAGCCCAGAGCUCUAGUUUAAGGCUCAGUCUAAGUACUAGCAUAAGUUCUAGUCUAAGUCUUAGCCUUUGUUCUAGCCUAAGGCCUAGCUUAACACAGCAUAAUCACUAGCUUAAAGCCUAGCUUUUGUCCAAGCCUAAAACCUUGUUUUAGUCCACAUCUUGCCCUUAGCCUAGUCCUAGUCUAAACCUAUUAUAUUCUAAGGAAAACCAAUAAAACCAAAUUUCCAGGUUGAUGUGUGCCGGAACAUGCCUCGGGCGGUUCUGUUUAAUAAUCCGAAGACGGCACCGCAAGUGUUCGGCGAAGUGAAUGUGUGCACGUGUUAUGGGGAUCGGUGCAACUCGGGCGAGAACUCGGCCCGCCAACUGCCUCCGGCAACUUGGCUAGUCCUUGUUAGUCUAUUAAUCAUUCGGCUUUUCAGCUAA